AUGUGAUAUUCCCCCGUAUCAUGGUUCACCUAGGCUGCGACCAUUGCGAUUUAAGAUGUCAUCGUGGCCCAAAUUCAAGGGCUACACCGUCCCAUUCAAGCUUCCUCGCCGACAUAUCUGAAAUCUCAACCAAAAUUAUCUGCUUUAGUCGUCUAGUACAGGAUGCUAAGCACUCAUCAUGUCGGAACCGCAGUUCAUGCCUGAGGUCGCCCUAAUCACUGCCGCAGCAUCUAGCAUUGACCGCGCAACAACACACACAUUCGUCAGAGAAGGCUGCACGCGCUUCGUCCUCGGUGACCUCAACGAAGAAUGCCUACAGGGCACAUCAGCCGAGCUCACGGCCAUGAACCCUGCAGUGCAAGUCUUUACAGGACUUAUCGAUAUCUCUUCGGAGAGCCAGAUUAACGAUUUUAUCCGCAGAACAGUCGAGACCCUCGGCAGCAUUCAUUACGCAGUCAAUAAUGCGGGGACCACGAGUACCCCCCGCGUUAGGAGUCAUGAGCUCCCCGUGGAGUCGUGGGAUAAGGUUGUUGAUGUGAAUUUGACGGGCAACUGGCUCUACCAAAGGGCAAUUUGGGGCAAAUGAUGAAGCAGGAGAGAGAAUUACAGACGAGGUAUAUGAUUUGUUCGUAUAUACACUCUGUGGCGUGUGGAAACUGAUACUUAGAGGACUGGCUCGGGGCCACAACGUGGAACGAUAGUGAUUAU